AUGUCGUCGCCACGUAAACGUCGUAUGGACUCUAGUGAGCAGUGCAAAACGCCAACAAAGGUUAAAAGGGUAGGUUGAAAUUGGUUUAUAUUGUUUUAGAUGGGAUUGUUACCUAAAUUUUUUUGGUUUGAGAAAAAUGGUCAAAGGUGGAAAUUUUUAUAAGCUAUAGGUGCUAUAUGACGAAGAAAAUGUUCUAAAGACUUCUGGGGUGCUACGGACAUAAAAAUGAAGAUUCCUGACACUGUUUUAUGUAUUUUAGGCUAGCACUUUAAGGUUGGGCCAAAAUUAUUUAAAAAAACUAAUUAACAAACAACUUUAAUUUCAGGAACAGUUGGAGAAGAGUCUGCAAGAAUCUAUCAGUCGCACGAAUUUGAACUUCGAUUGGGCAGAUGCUUGUGAAGAAAAUUUGAUGGAGAGGAUCGAAGCCAGCACGGAAGUCAGAACUGAAGUUGAAGAUGAUGAUUCUGGUAUGAAGACUCGGUCUCGCAAAAACCGAACUCCAAGAAGAAAUGCUGAAGCCGGGAAGCCAAAGUAAGGGUUGUUUUAUUGUGUUUUGUUGUUUUAGGUAUCAAUGAGGGAUUUUUGGUUUAAAAGUUGAAAUAUUACCUUUGUUUUGGAUAAUAUUUGGAGGAAAACAUUUUGAAAUCUUGAAGAUUGAUUUAGCAUUGCGUUUUUAAGAUAUACUUAGAAUUUCGCGGGGUUAAAACUUGAUUGAGAACCAUAUAUAGCAUAUAGCUUAACUUUUCUGCAUACCUUUAGUCUUCAAAGCUAAAACGUCGUAUUAUUGUAGGUUCGAGAAGAUCUUGGACCUUUCAGCAGCCAUGGCGUUGGUGGAAGAUGAGAGAAUGCAGAAAUUGAAGAGAGAGAAGCGCAACGUUGAAGAAGGUAGAUCUCCACGUUCAACCAGAAGACCAGCCAGAGGUAAUGAGGAUCGCAAACGUCAGCUUUCUGUCAGUUCCACAGCUACAAAUGAUCCAACUACUCCUGGGUCGUCAAGACCACGAAGGAAGAAUGCUCGACUGGACUGUACACCAAGUCGACCAACUUCGGCCGCUUCGUCGCCACGGACUCCAAGGAAUUUGUCUUCAAGGUAUGGAUCAGACAUUUUGAAAAAGUAUUUAUGCAAGCUAUCAGUAGUUUUAAAGUUUGUGUUUAAAAAGUUAUUAUAAGAUUAUAUAGGCCCUAUUAUAAUUUUAAAAUGAAAAAUUUUGAAAGAUUUUGAAAAAAAUUAAUUUUGAGUUUUAAAUUAUGUUGUUUAGGCUUCGCCUCGAUGAAACGAUGAGUCCAAAGCCGAAGGACGAUUAUGUUGAUCCAAAAUUGGGAUGGUGUGAAGAUGAGGCUGUCUUGAAGCGCAGGACCAAGGUAAUUUUAAGGUUUUUAACAUUAUUUUUACUUUUUACUAUAUUUAAAAAAAGUAAGGUUAUGAUAUUUUUUAAUUUUUAAAGGAUCUCUGUAUUAAUAUACCCUAUUUCAGGAAAUCGAAAAAGCAAAAGCCAAAGAAAUCUACAUUCGCUACUCGACCGAAGUCAACAAGACUAACCGACACGCCGGCGAUCCAAGAACCCCCAACAAGUACAUAAACUACUCGCGAAGGAACUGGGACGGCCAAGUCCGCCAAUGGAAGCGUGCUCUUUACCAAUGGGCCGGCGAGUCAUGCCCAUCUUCUGUGAAUACAUCCAGAGCAUCGUCGGUGUGCGAAUUCCGCAUGGAAGAUGAGAAUGCCAAUCUCAAGAAGCCAUACGCCAAUGUCCUGGACAAUCCCGACAACAUGGCCUCGCUACUCGGCCACUUCGACAUGAACACACGAACUCAAGCCACCCUAAUGGCUGAAGAGUCGACGUUGAAGGCGGCCAACCCAACUUCAAACGGCCCAGUCGACUUCAGCGUCCUGAAGUCAGAUGAAUAA